CCCUUUAAGACUUUAAUGAGAGAGGAAUGGAACAACUGGAUGCAGCAGGAAGAUUUUGCUAUGAACCCUACAGGACGAAGGAAGAGACCGACGCUUGCUCAAGUCUGCAUGUGGGUGAAGAAUUCGUGGGAAAAAUAUCUUAGUGGAUUCGGAAAUGAGUUUCAAUCUGAAGACCCUAGAUGUCCUGGAGCUUUGCCGAAGAAACAGAACUCUCCACAACAAUGCCCUUAUGGACUAUAUUCUGAGCAGCUGUCUGGGACCUCCUUCACUUCCCCCAGAGAGACGAACAGACGCAGUUGGCUCUACCGAAUCAGACCAUCUGUUCUUCAUUCACCCUUUGAAAAACUUCCACUGGGCAACUUUUCAGCAGGUUGGAACAAUCUUGAACCAAACCCAAAUCAGCUUAGAUGGCACCCAUUUCAUAUACCGGAUCUCAAUGAUAAGGAAGUAGACUUUGUUCAGGUAAACAUAUAG